AUCCUAAUAUCUGAAUAGGACAUCCAUAUUUCUCGCAUUAGGGUCCGUUGUUUACAGUAUUUAUUUCCAUAAUCUCCAAUUCGGCUUCAAAAUUUCAAGUGAUUUGGAUUACCCCAUAAAAUCAGUUCAUAACCUUGUUCUUUCACCACCACCUCACAAUUUCCCUGAAUCUGAGGACACGUCCGAUUCAAAUCAUACCAGCAUCCUAUCAUUUGGUUUCCCACAUUUUUGUACAUCCUAGAGCUCUUGUUCAACUAUACAUCCAUCUGAAAUGUUUGAGGAACCCAAGCAAGAGGACGAAUCUCCGAAUAGCCAAGUUCGAAAACACUCACUCGAGGAACCUGAUCACGUCGAUGAAACAACGAAGAAAAUCAAGGCUGACUCCACAGAGAUAAUAACGAACAACUCACCCAAAUCAGAGGACCGAUCUCCAUCGCCACCGAACUCCGACAAGGAAACGAAUGGUGAGCGUAACGAAUCACGGCCUAAUUCUCCAAAGGAUUACAAGAACUUGUCGAUCAACCUGAUUCUUAAUGUCAAGGGAGGCGCAAGUACCCAACAAUCCGAAGGAGCUAACAGUCUCCAAAGCCCCAUUUCCAACUGGACGUCUAGCAAUGGAGGCUCACUGCACAAAGGUUCGGAUACUACAUCGACUAUUAUUAGCCCCAUAUCACCAAAAUUGCUCAAUUCCAAGGCUCCUGGUACAAGUAAAUCCAGACUAAGUUCACAAUCUAACCCCACGGAUCAACGUUCUUCAGUGGGAAGUAAUCAGGGCGCGGAGGAUCCUCAGAGCAAAGCAUAUCCUUUACCUGCCCCAGAGGCCAAUCAUCCACAAGCACUCCAGGUGGGACCUCGUAAAGCAGGUGAAUUAACCACCCAAAAUGCCCCUUUCCCAAGCAAUGCUCCAUUUGGAUAUUCAAACGUCGCUGGAGCGCAUCUCUACAGUGCACCAGUUCAAGCACAACCAGGAAUGGCUGCUGGUCAACCAAUGCUUGGAACAGGGGCACAAUUGCAUCAUCUCGAUUUCCAACAAUUGCAGCAUCAAACCCAUCAAGGUCAAGAUAUUGACCUUUUGCAUGAGAGUAAAAGAGGUAGACGAUUCAGAAGAAGAUACAACCAGAUCAUCAGAAGAUAUAGCUGUUCUUACCCGGGAUGCUCAAAGAGCUACGGUUCGUUAAACCAUCUCAACACUCACAUCGUCACCAAGAAGCAUGGACAUCGAAAAUCAAAAGCUGAUUUCCAACAUAACCAGUUUCCUAACGGAGAGCAGGAGAACGCAAUAGCUCAAGGCUCCUUAUAUGGGGAACACACCCCAUACUCUCCUCAGGCUCCACCUAUGAUUAGUUCAGAGUAUCCUGGAAAUUACUGGUAUAGCUAUAGACCUCAAGGUGUUUCGCAACCACCUACAGUUGCAGGCCAACCAGGUCACAUACCACCACAACUGCAUCUCAUCGCACCCCAUGUGCAUUCAGGGCCUGGCUUGCCUCAUCAUCCUCCACCUCCACCACAAGUUUCUGGAAUGGGUUACUAUUAUUAUCCACCAGGGUACCAGCAACAUCCGGUACCGCCAUCUCAUGGCCAACAAGGAGCUGGUGUGGGGUGGCCAGCACAACAGCCUGUGUAUCCACUUUAUCCCCACAACCCAGUGCCAUAUCCAUUAGCACCAGGUUCUUCCGCUAGCCAACCUCCUCCGCUCUCUACAAGCCAGCUUCCUCCUGCUGCUCCUCAAGACAGACAAAAAGAGGAUUCUGAGGGUAGCAAUCUGGCUGGGAAGUAGCUUGGUGGAUCCAUCAGUGGUUUCUACGCUGUUACGUCUCAUGAAUUUUCUGUAUUUUAUCCUUGUAUUAUAUGUCCAAGAUCUUCCUUUCAGGUGAAAUUAGACUUUCUAUAGAUUUGAUAAAUUUGAUUCUCGUUAUGGGAAUUUAAGCAAAGCCUUGUCAAGGUCAUGUAGAUGAAAACACCAACACACCGUAAAAUUAAAA